CUCAUUUCGUCUUUCCUCACUCUCUCCGGAUCCUUUUUCUUGCUCAAGACAUUCGCCCGCACUCUGUCAGCACAAUUCACCUCCGCCCGACUGUCGACGCUGUCCUCCGCCUAGCCCCGCCGCUACCCGUAUCCGUUCGUGUAUGCUUUGUGGAAAAUUGGUGUAGGCUGUAGCUACAAAGGCAAAUCAGAAGAGCAUUUAAACCAAGAGAGAAGUUUGAUUUCCAAUUCUCAAAUUUUCAGGUCCUGCAGCACCAAGUUGAAUAUUGAGGAGUCAAUCAAAUUUUAUACUUUUGAUGGAAGGAUUGAUGAGUGCGCGGAUCAAUUUGAAGCCAAUUCACUCUUUUAGUAGUAGGCAACAAAACUCAAUUCUUGUUCCUGCAUUGCCUCCAAAAGUGGCAAAGAGGGUAUUGAUUAGUCCAACUUGGAUAAUGAGAAAUCCAAAAUCCUUAAAUUCAAUUGCUGCUUCUUUUCAACCAUUGGAGGGCUCAGCAGCAACCCAUUUUGACAACACAUUACCAUCCAAAGAGGUCCUUGAUGUGUGGAGAACUGCCGAUGCUGUAUGCUUUGAUGUGGAUAGUACAGUGUGCGUGGAUGAGGGGAUUGAUGAGCUGGCAGAGUUUUGUGGAGCUGGAAAGGCUGUCGCAGAAUGGACUGCCAGGGCGAUGAGUGGUUCUGUUCCUUUUGAGCAAGCCUUGGCUGCCAGAUUAUCUCUUUUUAACCCGUCACUGUCCCAAGUGAAGGAGUUCCUUGAGAAGAGACCUCCAAGACUUUCUCCUGGCAUUGAUGCGUUGGUGAAGAAGCUGAAAGACAAAAACAAGACUGUAUUUCUGGUCUCUGGAGGUUUUCGUCAAAUGAUAAAUCCCAUCGCAUCAAUCCUUGGGAUACCACUUGAGAACAUAUACGCCAAUCAACUUCUCUUUGGAAGCUCUGGCGAGUUCUUGGGGUUCGAUACUAAAGAGCCCACUUCAAGAAGUGGAGGGAAAGCCACUGCCGUUGAACAGAUUAGGAAGGUUAAAGGAUACAAUUCUUUAGUCAUGAUUGGAGAUGGUGCAACUGAUCUUGAGGCCCGUAAGCCGGGAGGUGCUGACUUGUUUAUAUGCUAUGGAGGAGUCCAACUUCGAGCAAGCGUUGCAGCUAAAGCUGAUUGGCUUGUGUACAAUUUCAAAGACUUGAUCAACUCAUUGGACUAGACCACGGUCACGCUUUUAUACACUUAAGUUUUCCCUCAUUCUAUGGCCGUUAAGGCGAAAUGUUGCUUAGUUCAAUUAAUAAGGGUUCCAUUCUUGUUAUCCUUGCAUCCCUAUCUACUUUCUCUUGUUAUGGUGAAAAACAUAUGAAGAUUUUCUGUUGAGAGCCUCAAAACUUACCUUGUGCUCGUAUAGAAGAAUUUCCUACAAACCGAAAGGAUCAUUAGAUAAUGAGAUCACGCGAUUCAAGUCGAAUUAUCUUAUCUUUUGUAAUGUGAUGAAUUCUUUAAGCACUUGGCUGUCACGUCUGACCGAUUUUUAUUCAUCAUUAGACAUUUCUUGAA